CAAAGCAACAAGUGAAGCUUCUCGAAUAGCACUGCCUUACAAAGCACAGGCUCUAGCGUCAGUCUACCCAGCCCUAGUUCGACUUGACUUGCAGAGAGCCAUGGCCCUUCGCGAGGUGUCGCAGAAGCGGGUGCUACCGCUGCUCGCGCAAUUCACGCGCGGGUUGAGUGCCAGCGCGAUGCCCGAGCAGGUCUCGCUUGACGCGAACGCUCCUAUCUCGCAGCCGGCGCCGUUUUCCUACGUGCCGCCUGGUCGGAACCACCUCUUCGUGCCGGGCCCGGUCAACAUCCACGAGCGAGUGCUGCGCGCGAUGCACGUGCCCGGCCAGAACCACCGCGACCCCUGGUUUGCGGAGUUCUACAAGGAGUGUCUGGAGGACACCAAGCACAUGUACGGCACCAAGGCCGCUACCCCCUUCAUCUUCCCCGGCACCGGCACUGGAGGCUGGGAGGCUGCGCUCUGUAACACGCUGUCACCCGGUGACAAGGUCAUCUGCUUCCGCUACGGCCUGUUCUCUCACCUGUGGAUUGACAUGAUGCAGCGCCUGGGCCUGGACGUGACGGUGGUGGACCGGCCCUGGGGCGAGGGCGCAGACGAGGGCGCGCUGGAGGAGCUCCUGCGCAAGGACACGGGCAAGAAGAUCAAGGCGGUGUGCGUGGUGCACAAUGAAACCACCACCGGCGUCACCUCCGACAUCGCGGGCUGCCGCAAGGCCAUGGACGCCGCGGGCCACCCGGCGCUGCUGCUGGUGGACGGUGUCAGCUCCAUCGGCGCCCUGGAGUUCAAGAUGGACGACUGGCGGGUGGACGUGGCCGUGACCGGCAGCCAGAAGGCGAUGUCGCUGCCCACCGGCCUGGCCUUUGUGGCGGCCUCGCCCAAGGCUCUGGAGGCGAUGAAGAGCGCCAAGCUCAAGCGCGUGUAUUAUGACUUUGCGGACAUGCUGCGCACCAACCCCUCCGGCAACGUGCCGUACACGCCCUGCCUGUCGCUGCUGUACGGGCUGCGCGAGAGCAUCAAGAUGUGGAAGGAGGAGGGUGGCAUGGAGGCCGUGGCGGCGCGCCACCACAGGCUGGCGGAGGGCGUGCGGCAGGCGGUGGACGGCUGGGGCCUGAAGCUGCUGUGCAAGAACCCCCGGUGGCGGUCCGACUCGCUGACGGUAGUGGAGGUGCCCGAGGGCGUGGACAGCAACAAGAUUGUGAAGAACGCAUACGCCAAGUACGACCUGUCGCUGGGCAUCGGCCUGGCGUCCAUCAACGGCAAGGUGUUCCGCAUCGGCCACCUGGGCAACAUGAACGAGCUGAUGCUGGCGGGCGCGCUGGUGGGCGCGGAGAUGGCCAUGAUCGACUCAGGCAUCAGCAUCAAGCCCGGCAGUGGCGUGGCGCGCGCUACCGAGUACUGGCACAAGACGGGGUCGGUCAUCAAGACGCGCGAGAGCCUCCUGAAGUAAACGGUGAAACAUAGUGGGCGUGAGCGUUGUGGCCGACGAGGGGAAGGGCGUUGUCGGGCUGGUAAAGGAGCGGCGACAGUGGACUUAGUGGGGCGCGUUGAAUGCGGCGCAACCCGUUUGCAUGGCCCGUCGCUUCGUGACGGGCUUACGAAGUAGCAGCUAGCUAGAGGCAGAGGGCGCGGCUGCACAGCCGCAGCGUCACUGGCACGUAGUGGCUACACCGCAAGGAAGUUAAGGGUGUGGAUCGUGUUUGUUCGUUAAAGGAUUGAGAGAAGAUUCUUCACAAAAAGCAAUAGCAUUGGGCAUCCGGCUUAUUCCUUGUUGCGUUGUGUCACACAGUAGCAGCUGGCGACAGCGGGGGCAGGCUCCGUGCAGUCUGCUGAGCCCGUGAGCGCCGCCGUUGUUCGCAAGCUGCACCGCCGGCCUCGCAACCAUGUUGCCAACAUGUUUUAUUAUAUUACCACUCGCGUGUUCGGAGAGCAAGAGGGGGUUAGCGAGCGAGGGCGGGCGCAGGGAUUCUAAGUGAUACCGCCGCCCCGCGAGGGAGCCCCGUCGCCCCCAGCAUGAGCGAUGAUGACUGCGUGUGUGCACUAGCGCAACCUGAUGAUGCAAGCUUGGAUCACGGUUUCGAGUGUGCGUGUGUGGGCACACCCGGGCGCUUCGGAUUGCGGUUGUACGCUAUUUACCCCCAUGUUGUACAGUGUGGAUGACUCCCGGCGCAAGGCGCAAUUUUUGUUUGUUACCAGUUUAGCGCCUUGAUGUGCGGGAAGGGCCUGGGCAUUGACACGGUGUUCGGACUGGUCAUGAAGGAGAGGUGAUGGUGCGUGAGGCACAGGAGCCGGGGAGGGCAUGGCUUAAGCUGUCUGCAACUAAGCCACGGAGCCUGUAAUAUUUCAGCCUU